CGGCGGGUGAGCGGGCGUUCAGCAGCCACCAGCCGCGCUGAAGCGCCUAGGCCGCGGGCCGGCCAGCCGCCAUGGUGGACUACUACGAGGUGCUGGGCGUGCCGCGGCAGGCCUCGGCCGAGGCCAUCCGCAAGGCGUACCGUAAGCUAGCGCUCAAGUGGCACCCGGACAAGAACCCUGAGCACAAGGAGGAGGCCGAGAGGCGGUUCAAGCAGGUGGCGCAGGCCUACGAGGUCCUCUCGGACGCCCGCAAGCGAGAGGUGUACGACCGCUGCGGCGAGGUGGGCGAGGUGGGCGGCGGCGGCGCGGCCGGCAGCCCGUUCCAGGACGCCUUCCAGUACGUCUUCUCCUUCCGAGACCCCGCCGAGGUCUUCAGGGAGUUCUUCGGGGGCCGCGACCCCUUCUCGUUCGACUUCUUCGGAGACCCGUUUGAGAACUUCUUUGGGGAACGGAGGAGCACCCGAGGAAGCCGAAGCCGAGGGGCCGUACCCUUCUCCUCCUCCUUCACCCACUUCCCGGCCUUCGGGGGUGGCUUUGCUUCCUUAGAUACCGGAUUCACAUCCUUCGGUUCUCCGGGCAACUCGGGAGUUUCUUCUUUCUCCAUGUCCUGUGGCGGGGGCGCGGCAGGCAACUUCAAGUCGGUGUCAACCUCCACCGAAAUAGUUAAUGGCAAAAAAAUCACCACCAAGAGAAUCGUUGAGAAUGGCCAAGAAAGAGUGGAAGUGGAAGAAGACGGAGAGUUAAAAUCCCUGAUAAUUAACGGCAAAGAGCAGUUGCUUCGCAUCGAUACUGAGUAAAGGCAUAAAGUGUGUUUUAAGGACUAUCAGGACUUUUUUGUUUAAAAGCGUUUUCAAGGGAACUCUACUUUCAGAACAACUGUAUUCAAGACAUUAUAUACAGUUCGUGCCGGUGCCUCUUCUUGUUGGGACUGCAGGGAUAGGAUCUCUCUUGGUCUUUAUGCCUGUUGUAAAUAUCUGUAUGCCUUUGGCACUCAUUAAACUUAAUCCUGAGGCAGA